UGGCACGGACGCUCCUCCGCAACGACGCGCGCCAAACAACGUCCGGGCCCCCCCCACCGGAUACCUGCCGGCCUGGGGUCCUCGCCUCUGGAUUACAGAGCCGCCGCAGCGCUGGAUUGUGCGCCGCUCGCGGACUCCGACCGUUGUGUGUGUUUGCGCGUGUUCGGCCGGCCACGACAACCAGCCGCAAGAUGGAAAUAGGCCUGAGCGAGCCCUGCAUGCCAAAGGAAUGGUGGCCGAACCGAAUGAACCAGCUGUGUAAGGUGUGUGGAGAGCCCGCCGCUGGAUACCACUUCGGCGCCUUCACCUGCGAAGGGUGCAAGUCCUUCUUCGGCCGGACGUACAACAACCUUGCAGCUCUUGGCGAGUGCAAGAACAGCGGCCAGUGUGUUAUCAACAAGAAGAACAGGACCUCCUGCAAGAGCUGUAGACUCAAGAAAUGUCUCAUGGUCGGCAUGUCCAAAAGCGGGUCCCGAUACGGGCGCCGAUCCAACUGGUUCAAGAUCCACUGCCUGAUCCAGGACCAGGCGGAGAUGAGCUCCCGCAUCGCCGAACAGCACCACCAACUGGGCGCAGCCGCGUCGGCGCACCAGCUCACGGCGCUCUACGACAAGGACGUUUUGGGGGGCUUCGGCGCCAAGGCCGAAGAAGGCAAUGGCGCCAGCUCGCCACUCUCGUCUUCGGACAAGCCGCCGUCGUCACCAGCGUCCUAUCCUCCGCCAUCGUCGUCGGCCAGCACGUUCGCAUCCACGCCAUCGGCUUUUGAAACCAAGUCAUCGAACGGCGAGAGCCCGACCAACGCGGAUGCGCUGGCCUACCAUUCCAUGUCGCCCGUAUCGCCGAUCUCGCCACUGCAUCCGAGCAAGUUCUUCUUCCACCCUGGCGCAGGCGUCUUCUUCGGCAAAGCCCCAGUGUCGCACAACGGCCUGUCGAAGUUUUUCGCCGACGCUGGUGGUGCCAUGGCGUAUCCCUACUCGCCGCGCUUUAUGCCUUUCGGGGCCCUGAAGCCAUACCGGGACCUACUUCACCCGUCAACGUUGCUCGUAAAUGGCGAGUGUCUGGCCGACCUGCCCGAGCAGGAGCGACCCAUCGACCUCUCAGUGCGCAAGCCAUGCUCCCCGAGUGCCUCGCCUGCCGGCGGUCACGCCGAAGAGCUUGACACCCAGGACAGUGACGUCAAGCCCGCGCUGCAGGCGCCAUGUUCUUCCGGCGCUGAGAUCCCACUCGAUCUGCGGAGCGCCAAGAAGUGAUGCCCCCAGCCCCUUUAACCAGCCGUCCACGUGUUCAUAGGGACUCGCCGCCGGAACAAAGUUCGCAGUGUGUGUGCCUGUUUGUGUGCGUGUGCCGAGAGCUGUAAUACUGUGUAAUAUAUGCCCCCUACAGAAGGACGCUUAUGGACCACAGAGAUAGAGAGAACGACAGGGAAACUUGUGUGAGCCUGCUCUUUGUAAUAGUAGGGACCACUGUGGCCCCAUCUGUCUUUUUACUGUGUUUUAUCCCUCUCCCGAUUCACUAAGGGCAUUGCAGAAGACAGCCAAGCGUCUCGUUGCGAUCUGUCGGUCUUCUAACUCGUUCCUCCUCGUCUUCGCGUAUCCUGUUUCCAAUGUUCCUAUUUGCCCUUCUCAGACUUGGACCACCGAACAUUCUGCAUCGCUACCAAAAGUUGUGCCUUUUCGUAAGACAUUCCUCCACUCUUGUCUUUUGCGCCGCCUACCCGAGGGAUGGCGCCACAGGAGUGUCCUUUGGCGGGACGCCAUUGGCUGGGCGACUCGUCCGGUCCGAGCCGCCACCAGUAUUACGUCUCGUGCUGCCAUCAGUGCCUGCUCCGUGCAGCUACAGUGCUUGUCCGAGAGUCCCGCCAGAAGACGAUGUUGCUAACAGGGUCGUCGCUGGCGCCAAAGGCCCUGGUCUCGUCGCGCAGCCUCCCCGUCCAAAUUGCUGUGCCACGAACACAAUCGCUGCUCACUGGUGGCCUGAAUCAUCAUUGUACAAAAUUCACCAACCAUUCCAAGAGAGGCCUUCAUACGCAUGUUUCAAAAUGUCGUUGUUUUUAAGCGUUUAAUGUUUCUUCUAUUCCCACUGUGAUAAAAGCAUUCGAACCAGGCGGUUCACUACGAGCCUUGAUAUACAUAUAUAUAGAUAUGAGUAUAUAUAUGUGUGUGUCGGCGUGUGUGUGUGUAUGUUUUAUGUAAGUGUGUGUGUAUUUCGCGUGUACACGCGCAUCGGGGCUGUGGGCAUUCUAGUACAAACCAUUCCAAGUGGCUUUUACUUCUGGCACUUUCCCCCAUCUUCUCCGCACUGAGCCAGUACCUGAUCAGGCUUUCCCUGUCCUCUUCCAGCCUGUGGCUUUUUCCCCGCCUCUGGCGGCGCGCUGUGUAAGGAUAGUGUGACUGCGCAUGCGCAAAUAGUGUGGCUGCUUCUCCCUAGCGUUUCCCCGAUAUGCACGGUCCUUAUCUGGAUUGUGUCGCAGCUAAUUAAGGAGAAUUUUUCGUGAGCGAGAGAGCUACGCACGUGGCGAUUCUUCGUCGUCGCUUUUCGUGCAUUUCACUCUUCGAACCACCAGUUGAGGCUGUGCGCACGUGCGUUCCUCCGUGCGGCAGUGUUUUAAAGCACCAAUAACAAGACUAAAGGGACCUGUUAAGUCCUCACUGAGCAACGUACCAUUUCUGAGGGGCACGGCUGUAUAAAAUCUGACCCAGAUUUCAUAGUCACCACGGUUUUCCGAUCCGAAGAGUGAAAUUGAUACUGACCGGUUGUGUACCCACGUUGUUAUUUCGACCAUGUUCAAGGGAACACGGUGGACAGAAGAAAAGUCUUCGAAUGUUCGUUUGCUUUCAAAUUCAAUUUCAGUGUGACUGUAUCCUUCUACCUCGUUCCCUUUGAAGACUUGAUCCAUCGAAAUAUCAUAUAGGCUGAACUUGCUGAUCAGAGUUGAAACAAUUUUGGCAAAGCUGCUAAUUCUCUAAGCCGCUAGAUUUCUUGGUGACCCUGAGAUAUCUCAUGCUCAUUCGUACCAUGCUCAUCGUUUCCUUCGCUGACAAGACAGGGACGAGAGUUCUCUGACCGUUAAAUUAAAAGGCUUGCACCAAAGGGGCAGGGGUAAAGACCCUCUAGAAAUUUUUGAACCUGCCUCUAGAAAUUCAAACCCCACCCCACGCUGGUGCAGCUGAAAGCUGACCUUACAGCAGUUCCCCUUUAAGGUUGUGCGGUUCAGUAGUGCUACAUUGAUGGACUGCAGAAAUACAGGUAUACAUCGCAAUGUAGCGGCCAUUCUUCCACGCGCCCAAUUUUCCCUAGAGGAAAAAUAUUGUCGCGCCACUCAUGCUAAAGGGUGCGAACAUUCGGUGCCUUAUGCAUUCCUGGGGCGUUCACAUUUAUGCUCUGCAGCAAGUGUUUUGUAUUUACCAACCUCGUACCUGCUGAAAAAGGAGGAAACUACGAUACGGGGGAUCUGUUUGCAACCGUUGGGUGCCAUCGAAUUUCCCGCGCUUUUUUUCUGAUGUGCAUUAAAUCCGUCCUGAGGCUCGUCCAAUCGGAGUGGGUGCAUUUGUUCUAAGGUAACUGAUACUUGUUGCCCCCGUCCAAAACGCUUUCCGAGCGAUGUUUCUCUGCCCUUUCUUCCAUGCGCUGUUAGGAUCGCCGCUUGAGUUUGUGCCGUUACUCACGAUACACAUGACAUUUUAAGUAUUCACAGCCCCACCUGCUGAGACUGAUGCGCAUAAGGGUGGAAAAACAUAAUCGACCGUUAGAUUAUGUGAAUAUGGCAAGGGUCAUGCCGGUGCUCUUUUGUUUGUAGACAUUUGGCGACAAAGCGUAGCAAUAGAGCGCACAAUUUCAUGUGAACAUCGUCCUGAAGUACUCAACUAACUUGUAGGGGAUAGUGCAAAGGCUGUUAACUGUCACCGUUGUCGCUGCUUUUGAGAUGCUGUACAAGCCUUGUUCACAGCCAGUACAUGAAGCUACACUAUAUACACGCCAAGUGACGCUUCCGACACAAUUAGUCCUAGUGAAGCGAACUGGACAGAUGCGUGUUGACUCGGCCUGAAGGAUCAAAACCCGGCUCAUAACGCUAGCAAUCUGAGCGUCAAUGCGAGUUUGGGUAACUCGCCCAUCAAACUUUAUCCCGACUGAUAAUAUUGCUACGUAGCAAACAAUUCAAGGGUCAGACGUUCCGCGUACAGAAGACGACAAAGAAGACCACCCUGUCCGCUGAGCGUGCUCUCCCACAUCUUGACUUAUCAGUGUAUGCAAACGCGGUCGAGUCUGGCUGGGUCAGCACGGCUUCAGACUCAACAUGCGUUGCGUCGAGUUGGUGUAAACGAAGUCACAGUGGCGCUCAGCCAACAGUUGGCGUGCCACUGGAUCCUAUAGUGGCGCUUUUCGCUGGACCAGCAGCGGCUUCACGUGACCAGUGCAAGCUUUACGUGUAGCUUGCUUCAAUUAUGAGUGUUUUUUUUUUUAGCGAGCGUAAGCGAAUAACGAACCACACGUUUCUUUUUGGUGCGAU